CAGAUUGACUUCGAUAGAUAAGUCCUCUAACGUUACAACUUUUUGUCGAAGACCACGAAUUAAACCAGCAUCAAGAACCAGAAGAAUAUGAAGAUGUCGGCGUCCCCCUUCCGAUUUCCCUAGUACGGCUUGUGCAAAACGACCUCCUCGACCAUCAAGAUGUUGAAGCUCGACAAUCCCACCUCAACAUCGCCACUCCUGCUUCCACACCUUCCCCUUCUCCCACCUCCUCGACGCCUACUUUAUUCCCUUCGCCCUCUUCGUCUUCCCAACAUAUUGAUGAUUUUCCUCUUCGCUUUCUUCUCCCUCUUCCAAAUACUUUUACCUCCAGCACUUCUUCACGUGCACGCUGGUCCCCCACAAUGCACUGUCGACACGCCACUGUUCGACCAGUGUUGGCAAACUCAAUGUCCGCAGAUGAUCUCCAUGUUAGACCAUUUCUGCGAUACCGGAUUCGACCACCUUUUCCG